CUCUUCUUAAUUGCAAUGCUUUGCAUGCAAGAUGAGCUUGUUGGUAAACACAUCACAUGCCCAAAGGGCUCCUCUGGGCCUGGGGCAGCCUCCACCAGUAUAAAAGCCAUUCCAUCUGCAGCAGCUCCCUCAUACACUCCUCUUGCCUUCCACUCCUUGGUAAAUAAGGUGCACCUCCGUCCCACAGCCAUGUCCUGCUACGAUCUGUGCCGUCCCUGUGGCCCAACCCCACUCGCCAACAGCUGCAACGAGCCCUGUGUCAGGCAGUGCCAGGACUCCCGAGUGGUGAUCCAGCCCUCUCCGGUGGUGGUGACCCUGCCCGGACCCAUCCUCACCUCCUUCCCCCAGAACACUGCUGUGGGAUCCUCAGCUUCUGCUGCUGUUGGCAGCAUCCUGAGCCAGGAGGGAACCCCCAUCAACUCUGGGGGCUUCAGCCUCUCUGGCCUGGGUGGUGGCUACUGCGGCAGAAGAUGCCUGCCCUGCUAAGGUCGGGCUGGACGUGCAGUGAACACAUCGACCAGGAAGACCUAAUUCAUGUGCUGGACUGAGGAUGGAGCUGCUGGCUGGAGUUUUCAGAGGAACUGAGCAACCUAACACUCUCCUGCAAAGAAGGGAGAUAAGCCAGGCACCAGUUGGUGCUGUCUGGAAACACGGCCAGCUCCUGCUGUCUUCUUCUCCUGCUUUCUUCUCUGCAUCACAAGUCCCUGUUAUCUCCUGCCGUCCUGUGCCAUGGGUCUCUCCUGAAGCAAGUCAAGACGGGUCCAGCUCAUCUCCAUCUGCCAUGUGGUUGUGAGGAAGACGUAUGUCCCACAGCUGUGAAUGGCUGCCGGAGUGCCGGCUGCCCUCGGAGCACCUGGCUCAGGUCCCUUCCAGCACUCCCUGCUUUGUUUCUGUCUUUAGACUCAUUAAAGUUUAUGCUGCAUUGUA